AUGUUGAGAACCUGUCGCCAGAUAUACUCAGAAGCAAUUGAAUACCUGUAUACCGCCAACACCUUCUCACUUUCAACGUGGGACGACGACCAUCCGACCUUGGACUACAUGUCUUACUACUUUCUACCUCAUCGACUAACCCAGAUUCGUGCCCUUCGUAUCGACUGGGAAGUGGACAGCUUCUACCAUGAUCGCCAUAGAACGACGUCAGGCCUCCUCCAUUUGGAAGCAUGGAAGCAAUCCUGGGGCGCCUUGCGUGCCAUGACCGGCCUUCGACAGCUUCGUGUCGUGCUCUACUUCAGAUGGCGCGAUGUGCUUGACUGUUAUGAGGACUACUGGAAGAAACAUGAAUUGGAGCUUUUGGACCCCGUCAAGACUAUCACAGCACCAGCCAACUUCGUUCUCGUAUUGCCAGAUCGCAGAUGCUCGACCAACAUCGACAUGGGGAGUUCGAAAUGUAUCCUCCAGCAUGCUGAAGAAACGGUCCUAUCUUUAGCUUCAUAA